CAGCAGCAGAAAACAACACAAGAAGAAUUUCAUUCAAAUAUCAGUGGAAUAAGAGACGUGCUUAACGCUUUUCAGAGGUGUAGUCGUGAGUUUACAGCAUUUGUUUAGUAACAGGUAAUAUAUCUCAGGACUGAUGGCAUUAGGGUUUGAAAAAGCGAAAUGCGAGUUUUCUGAUAAUAACAACAGUGUGCCGCCUGACAUGAGGAGCAUUCCAGAGAACCCCCUGAGAAUGCGCCCUCAUCACAGAUGAGCCAAACUCAAGAUCUGCCUGCUGUCCUGACGGAGGGUCAGCUUCAAAUUAUGUACUGCAAAGGUCUGGUGUACCAGAGUGAGGAAGAGUUCUCCUUUGAGGAGCUCCGAGCCCAGCUACUACAAAGCUAUGAGAGAAAAGGCCGAACACUUGAAGAAAAUGAAGCAGGAACUUCAGCGUCAGAUAGAGCAGAAACAGAGGCUGAUUCAACAGAGAAACAGCACUGCUCCGUCGCAGAGCAUCGGCGAGGAGACCGAAUCUUCCUCCCAGACGUCUAAAGAGAUGUGUGAAUCUGCCAUCACGUUGGUGAAACCAGCUCCACGCCAAAUAUACAGCAAACAGGAAGUUGCCUCAAAGUGUACCAGCUCAGUCAAUCAAGAGGAAGUGAGUGAAGGUGGAAGUGACUCUAACCUGCAGAAGACGGCGACAUCAUCACAACCAUUUACCGUUUUUGAUGAGAGUGCUCGGCCAAAUAAGAUAGCUUCAGCAAACCGCAGAUCUUUGAAGCUGCCCACCUUAAAUCUGAAAGCUCGGAAGUGUAACGCAGAGUUCUCCGCUGACAAGGACGCGUCCAUCUCGCGCUCUGAGGAAGCCAUCAUCAACGGCCACUGGAAUAAAACUCUGUGCCGGAGUCCGAAUGACACGUGUGAAUUCGCCCGUGCCGCUCAGCUCUCUUCAACGCCGUUUGGAGGAGUCGAUAGGCAGAAACCACCGGAAGCAGCGCUGACAGAGAAUCUGAGCACGGCUCCUGGAACCAUGAAAGCACCAAACGCUGAUACUGCCAUAGACACCAAAAAACUCAGUCCUAUCCUAGAGAUCAGUCAGGAAUGGGGCGGCACUUCUUUUGCAACCUCCUCCCACCAGCCAAUGAAUCAUUCGGACAACAGUGAGGCUGCUCGAGCUGCGGAGAGAUCGGAGAGAGUGCCGGAGAACGCAGUUGUUCAAUCCGUGGAUGUGUGCAGUGCUGAGGUCAGAAUCAGGCUGCUUCACCAAAUGGACGUGACUUCCUUCUCCAACUUCCACAGGGAAUCUGGACUUCUGCCGGCGGCCUGCGGAGACGAAGACCUGAAUCUCGGUGGAGAGAUGUUGUAUUACCGCAGUAAACUGGGGAAACUGAAGGACUACACGCUGUACUCGUCCAGCACUGGCACCGUCGUACUGAAGGUGGACUCUUCCGCAGUGCCGUGGGAUUUCUUCAUCAGCUCAAAGCUCAGAGCUCGGCUUUCUUCCGAGGGUCACGAUUCUUCAGAUGUCCCCGUCUCCUGUUAUGCUUAUGAGAAUGGAUGCAUCACUUUGUGGAGUGUUCCUAGUGGAGUCACCAUUCAGGAUAUCCUCGCCGAGCCCGUCGCUCAUCGCUACAGGGUGCCACUUGUGGUCAUUCAGCUACUGGAGAUGUUGAAGCGGAGUCAUUCUUGUCACGUGGUUCAUGGAGGUCUGAUGGCUGAAACACUUUAUCUUUAUGGCAGUGGAUUCUUGGCACUGGAUUUCUCACACUCGGUGGAUCUGGAGCUCCAGACUGAAGUACAAGCUCAAGAUCUUCCUUCUGCUCAGAUCUACAUUGAACAGGGUCUUCUGCCGGCCAUUGCCUCACCUUAUCAGGUGGAUCUCCUGAGCGUUGCAGAAAUCGUGCACGUGUUACUGUUUAAUCGACCGAUGAAGGUGGUGCGGAGGAACUCGGGCUGGAGUUUGGAUGAAGCGCCUGAAUCCCAUCACAGUCCUGUCGAACCCGUAUGGACGGAGGUUUUCCACAUUAUUCUGAAUCCAGGGGACGCAUCAGUAGAGCUCAUUUUGUCUGAUGUUCUCCGUAAAGUCAGAAACUGUUUCACAGUCAUAGACACACAGUCAUAUCAUCUCUAAAAUACAUUGAGAGCUACAUGAGCUUCUUCUGGCACUUUCAAGGUGAACUCUGCAUCGUCUUUGCAUUGUAGUGACAUCAUCGUUCAUAUAGGAGUCGAAUAAUCGUAUGCUAGUAUUGUUUCUUCAAAGCAUAA